GAGGGUGAAUUGUUCCAAACGAUGAUUGAAGAUAUUGCUGAGCCAUCUGAAAUGAAUCAUGAAUUGCUAGUAGAGAUUAUGGAUGGAACCAUGGAGGUUAAGAAUGUUGAGGCAGCUAUCCUCUAACUUAAUGGCACAGGAGACAUGGUCUUCACUAGAGUGGCUUGUGGGAAAAGUGCAGGAUAGGAUUAUCGUAAGUACUUUGAGACGAUUUAUAGUGAAGAGUACAAAUAAAUCAAGGCAUUCCUUUGAGUACUCAGAGAGAGAUGAGACCAUCAUUGCUCACAUGGUCGGGGGCAUUGAUGCAUUUAUAAAGGUGUCUCAAGGUUGGAUGCUGCCAAAAUCUGCAUUGAAAUUGUUAUCUGUCAAGAGCUCAGAUCAUCAUUCAAGGGGAAUUUCAUUGAGCUUACUUUGCAAGGUUGAGGGAAUGGCAAAUUCCUUGGACAAGCACAUUCGACAAAAUUUGUCAACUUCUGUGGAUGAUGUUAAAAAGUUACUUUUAGAACAGAUGUGCUUAGAACUUCAGUCCGAUCAUGCCUCCGAUAAGUGACUAUGAUGCAGCUCAUAUCGCAUGGUAAGCUCAAAUUUCAAUAUCGUGAAUAGAUUUUAA